GCCUUGAUCCUCAGUGCCGCAGGGCCUUGUCGAUUACUACGUGUAAUGUGUGAUUGCUGAGCGCAUGUGGUCAUCCGCACUGAGUCAUAGCUUCUUCUUCCCGUUCUUUUCAUAGAAAAGUUGGGGGUUGGAGUCGGGUAGAGACAGCGCCAGUCAGAAGGCAACGCAGUACACAAUUCAGGGUUUGCUGGAGUGGUCUUUGUGCCGUUCACCGCAUCGGAUACUCAGUGACAGUUUCGUUUCACUUGGCAGGAACUGAAGGAGGUUCGCACAGCAUAGCACUUCUAAAGGCCCACGUCUACUGAGAUUCACGAGCACGUUCCAGAUUCCACCUACCGGGGACGGAACGGCUCUGAAGGCAUAGUCUCUUGUGUGACAAGGUCGCUACUACGGUUGUAGGGUGUCAUCACGAGCUUCUGAAGUCUGCACUUUCAGUGUCACAGUUGUUCCGGACAAAUGGAGAAGAGAGCCUCGCGGUGGUCAGGUUCGCGGAUGGUUUGCAUCCCGAGGCAAUUGGCAGCCCUGCUGAUUUUGCUUUCUUGUCUUGGCGGAGCGUAUGCAGCAGCUGCAGUGGACUGCGGCGCUGGCUGGUUUAGCUCCAAAAUCAACGGUACCGACUACUGCUACUUGGUGAACGCAACAGUGGGAAUGUCAUGGCACGAAGGACUUCAAUGGUGUGCAGGUCAAAAUGCAGAGCUGGCUAGCAUCACGAAGUCAGCGGAGCAAACACUGAUACAUCGCAAGCAGGGUGUUGUGGAGGUGUGGAUCGGUUUGCACAACCGAAAUGCAGAGAAACCCGGCCAACUCACCUGGGUAGAUAAGAGUGCUUACACGUACACACACUGGCGGCAUCCUCAACACGUCAAUGAUAUAGUGGACGCAUGUGUGGAGUUAGACAGUGACGGAUAUUGGCAUGCCGCUGACUGUGCACUGGAGCGCGGUAUAGUCUGCAAGCGAACAGCAGCCACCGCAUUGCCAACCGCCAACCCUAGCAAACCCAGCACGGUGACCAAGACAACAACGCUCUGCGGUGGCUGGUACGAGUUCAGUGGAUAUUGCUACCAGUAUUUCAACAGUCUUGUCCAAUGGUCGGACGCCCGUGCACGCUGCCUGAAGUCGGGCGCCUAUCUAGUGGAUGUGCUUAAUCGCGACGAGCUGAAAGUCGUGAGGGCCCUUGGCCAUGGGCGCUCUUCUUUCUGGAUUGGUUUGAACAGCUUAAGGAACAAGUCUGAGUACCGGUGGGAUGAUGGUGCCGUCGGUGGUCACAUUGCUCCCUUCUACAACUGGGCGUCUUACUUGACCAAUUCUUCACUGCAGUCGGAGUUCCGUCGCUGUGCGGCAGUGCUGACAUUCACCAUGUCUUGGAGCAACAAGUACUGUGUCUUUCGCAAGGCCUACAUGUGUAAGCGACGCAGGCACAACACCCCCGGAAAGUACCCGGCCAUCGUUGCGCGAAAGAAGAUCGCGUGCCCGUCCACCGACUACACACUAUUCCAGCACCCGACCAACCACGCCGUCUACUGCUACAGACGGCACGGCACGUCCAUGUUUGGUUUUGGAACCAACCGGCACCUUUCCUGGCACAAUGCCGCAAAGGCAUGCCAACAGCUCGGCCAGUCUCUAGUCACUAUCAGUGACCCUGCUGAGAACAACUUCAUCUUCAAUCACGUAUUAGGCCCAAAGCUGUUGCAAACAUUAUAUGACCGCAGUUACUGGAUAGGCAUGUCGGGACAAGCUGACCAGAGUUUUGCCUGGUACGAUCAUAGCGCUGUUUCAUUCACAAACUUCUCGUCGUAUACUCAUCCGCGCAGCUAUCAGCAGUGCGUCUACAUUACCAACGGGAUUGUUUCGUGGUCGCUGUCGAGCUGCUAUCGCUACCAUCCCUACAUCUGCAAGCUGACGCUGACCCCACCGCGACACAACGAACAACAGCCGGGACUACCCAGUAGGUUCUGCAGAACCGCAUAUCGCCUGAUGGGUGGAUUCUGUUACUACGUCAGUCCUGCUACUGUUGACCGACACUCAGCAGCCAAAGAUGCAUGCAAAGGCAUGGGCGCUCAUCUAGCCAGUAUUCAUUCACUCGCCGAACAAGCGAUCAUCUCCUCCUUACUUUCAUCCAGGCCCACUAAGAUGAACGCAUACAUUGGUUUGACAGACAUCGCACAGCAGGGAGAUUAUCGCUGGGACGACGGCAGCAACGUGGUGUAUACGUACUGGGCGAGUGGCCAACCCAACGAUUUCCGUCAUGCUGAGGAUUGUGUCAUGUUGCUUCAACACAAUACCACCUGGCAUGACGUGUCCUGCAACUCAACACUAUCUUACAUCUGCAAAAUGCCUGCCGACCAGACUACUCCACCAGGUGGAUCACCAGACGCUAACUGCCAUGCUGGCUGGCAACAGCUCCACGGCAAGUGCUACCGGGUCAUUAAAGAGCCAAAGACGUUUUCAGCGGCGCAAAAGACAUGUGUCAGCCAGUUGAGUAGGCAGGGUAGAGCGGGAACGCUGGCGGCCAUUCCCAAUCACGCCGUCAACUUCAUGGUGACCAGUCUGGCAUUCGGACAGAAUGAGAAUGUGUCGUCGGCCGUCUGGAUCGGACUGACAGACAUCGAUGAAGAAGGCAAGUACACGUGGACAUCCAAGCAGCCGGUGACAUUCGCUAGCUGGGGUCCUGGAGAGCCCAGCGAGAGUGUGCACGCGGAUAGCACGAAGGGUCCGAAGGACUGUGUCACUCUGCGCGCGGCUACCGGGCAUUGGUAUGACACGGACUGCACCGUGCAGCAAAGCUUCGUGUGCAUGGUGGACGACGAUGAUCAAACGGUGGCACCCCCGACAGUUGCGCCACCCAAGCAGCCUGUUUCAUCUGCUGCCUGUGAGCCAGGAUGGGCCAAGCACAACUCGAUCUGCUAUGGGUUCUUUGGCUCGAUUAUGAACUCCACGCUGGCCAUGACCGAUCCAGUUGUUUCACCGCAGUCUUGGGAAGAUGCAGAAGAGCUUUGCUCACAGCGUGGCGCUCACCUUGCUAGCUUCCACGACCUCAGCACGCAGGACUGGGCCGCGGAUAUGUUUGGCAAAACGCUGGACAGCGGUGUGUCAUCGUACUGGAUCGGCCUGUCCCAGUUGCGUUCCACCAAGGGGCAAUACCGCUGGACAGACGGGUCUGUUCUGGACUACACGCACUGGGCGGCGUCCGAACCCAACGAUCAGGCCGGCGAGGAGGACUGCGUGGAGACUGUAGAUGCACAGCACCAGAACUCCAUGAACAAGGGACGCUGGAAUGACGUCCAUUGCCAAUCCAAGAGACCAUUCGUGUGCGCAAUGAAUGCAGGAACGAAAUUCAUCCACCCCACUCCAGUAGCCCCUCGUCACCAUGCUGGCAAGAAGGUGUCCUGUGGAAAGGGCUGGAGUCAGACCGCAGACAGCUGCUACCUGCCCGUGACCAAGCCGCUAGCGUGGUCCUUCGCAAAGAGGAAGUGCCAGGCACGUGCCUCGGCGGGUGCUGUGCCUGCUGGUGCCAAGGUGUCACUGGCUGCUAUACACAACGCCCAGGAGCACAUCGCAGUCGCAAGAGCUAUGAGUGCGGCGACGGCAGCUGCGAACGCUAACCUCACAAGCUACUGGAUCGGUCUGAGCAAUCGCACUGACGCUGGCUUAAUGUGGCAGGAUAAGUCACCACUCGACUACCUGCCAUGGGCGCUAGGGCAACCAGCGACGAACUAUCGCGUGCGCCACACGUGUGUAGAGAUCGCAGAUGGCCGUGGCUACGUGUUCAGUGCCAGCGAGUGCAGUAGGCAACACAACUUUGUCUGCGGGCAUUCCCGAUACAUCACUUCCGAUGAAGGUAAACCCGACUGCCCUCCCGGACAAACAUGCACUGAGAACUGCCCGUCGAACUGGAUACGUGGCACCGACUCCUGCUAUCUGCUCGUGAAGAAACGACUGGACUUCAACGAAGCUGCGUUGAAAUGUGCUGGCUAUUCCAGGCUUUCCCCUGAAGAGAGUGAUCUAGUCACUAUCGAGACGUACAAGGAGAACCGAUGGUUACUGAAAACCUUUGAAGUGACGUCUUACUACUGGAUUGGUCUGAGUGGCGAGGACGCAGCCUGGAGAUGGGCGUCGGGUGCUCCAGUGUCCUACAGGAACUUUGGUCAAUACAUGCCAGCGGUGGGCAUCUAUGGUAGAUACUAUCACCAAGGUAGCAAAUGUGCUGCUAUGUCAUCCAAGGGAAAAUGGGAUGCUCUCGCUUGUGACGGCUUUUACCAGUUCAUCUGCGAGAUGCCGGUCAGAGUCACUACAGCUGCCUCUCCAUCGUCUGGUCACCCAUCUGAUCAACCAACUGGAGCAGAGGCCAGCUCAACAGCGCAAGGCAAUGUGGAAUCCGGUCCUAGCUCCUCACCCAUUCUGGACAAGAAUACGCACAAAUCAAAGAAAGGUAUGGCUGCAUGGACGGGCGUUCUCAUUGGCGUACUGUGCACAUUGGCCGUAUGCGGAUUGGUGGGCUUGGUCGUCUUGGCGCUUCGCCGUCGUCUCAAGUCUCAGUCUGGCCAGGACAGCAGCAUGUUUGGCUUCAGGCGCCUUAACCAAAGAGAUGAGAGUGACGAUGAGUGUGUUCUGGAAGGGUAAUCUACCUUUUCCGCUGCAAUGCUUUUCUAUUCAUUACUUUAUUUAUUGAUUUAGGAGAAGUGGCAUCUUGCGGUGGAUGCCGAUGAUGUACAGGCGAUCACCAUAGGGUUUUAGCUGCCAGCUCGAGUAGAGCUGUAAGCCAUGAUGGCCGCGUGAAGCGUUAGCAAUGUGUACUGUAGCGAUGCAGUAUCUCCAGUGAUGUACUGUAUGCAUGCUGCGCCUUUUCCUCUCCCCAGUUUGUAUGAUGUUUUUUGCAUUGAGUGCACAUUUCUGUGUGCGUGCGUGUGUGUGCGUGCGUGCGUGCGUGUGUGUGUGUGUGUGUGUGUGUGUGUGUGUGUGUGUGUAUACAAGUAUGUUGCACGUGGGCAAUGUUUUUCAAAGGUAUGACACUAUUAUCUUGUUUUAUGCGUGCAAACAUUUUUGAAUUUGAGGUGUAUUAUCUUUAUUCCGUGUGUGUGUGUGUGUGUGUGUGUGUGUGUGUGUGUGUGUGUGUGUGUGUGUGUGUGUGUGUGUGUGUGUGUGUGUGUGUGUAAUAGCAUGGCAUUGAAUACGUGACAUUGGACUUUUCUCCAUCUCUUUCAGUCUUUUUGUGAUACACUACCCUUCAGAAACACUUGAAUGGCAUGUGUGUAUAUUGGCCGAAGACCAGGGCUUGUGUUGCUUCUUCCGUUC